AUGGCGUCGUCGUUUCUUGGACCAGAGUCACCUAGACCAUAUUCUGUGAUAUCGGAAAGUUACGAGCCGUGGUUCGAUAUUCCGAGAUUUUCCGGAGAUGAGGACUUUAGUUUCGGAGAAAUGUACGAAGAAAAGAUGCGAGAAUAUCUGUACAAAUAUUUGGACAUUGGAACGACGGACAAAGUGUGCUACGUCGGAGAGUUUCGAGAUAGCAUCGUGGACAUUCUCCAAGACAAAUUUUGUCUUCUGACUCCUGUCACCAUGGUGAUUCCUGCUCAUUUUCAUUACGCAAAGACUUCCGGCAAUAGAUAUCUACCAAUCAGAAUUAAGAAUGUGGGUGCCGAGGAGUACUUCCGGAAGUUGUCGGAGCAGCCCGACGAUAAGCGGAUUCUGUUUGAUAAGAUCAUUUUAAAAGACACUGCGCAUUAUUUGGAAGAACCACAAGACGUUUAUAGAAACAUUAUCAAGUGCUUGACAGAAAAGGGUCUGCUACUGAUUAUAGACCGUCCAACACCUUUGAAUACUCUCCCCAUCUCUCAACUGGCUCGUCAGCGUUUCGAGGACUAUGAGGCACCGUACAUGCGCAUUCUGAAGGAUCUCCAGGACAGCCAUCUUGUAGCUGAGUGGGAAAUUGAGACGGUGCCGAUUGUCAUUCAAAAGAAAAAAUGGUACAAGCUGCUGAAAGGCAAAUAUCCUCCACGUUUCCAAGCCUUGAGUAACGGUGAGGUAUUAUCCAGCGUCCGUGAAUUAUCGGAGGGCGUAAUGAAGUAUCACGAACCCAUCGUUCAAUUUUCAGAUCGUCUGCUGUUUAUUACCGCCUGUUCGCCCAGAAACCCCCUCGUUUACCCUAACAUACAAAGAUAUAGUAGAAAUGAUUAUAUGCCGUUCCCGGGACUACAGCGGAAAUAUGAACUUGAGGUGACGCCUGACCUAGAACAGUAUGUCAGACCAAAAGAAACUAAAAAACCAGAGAACGAAAUGAACAGACGUCGUUGA